CGGGCGGUUGGGCGGGCGGCUCCGGGAGGACUCGGGCGCGUGGCGGGGUGUGUCGGCCUGCGCCGUGCGGCAGUACGCGCCGCCAUGUCGGCCGGGGCGCGCGCCUGUCUGCUGCUCGUCGCGAUACUCACACUCCUCUACUCAGGAUGGUGUUCCGAAGACGAGGAGCGUCUGGUCCGCGACCUGUUCCGUGGUUACAACAAACUCAUCCGCCCAGUACAAAACAUGACACAGAAGGUCGACGUGCGCUUCGGACUGGCUUUUGUACAACUUAUUAAUGUUAACGAGAAAAAUCAGAUCAUGAAAUCAAACGUGUGGCUUCGGUUAGUAUGGAUGGACUAUCAGCUGAUGUGGGAUGAAGCUGACUACGGCGGCAUCGGCGUACUUCGCCUGCCGCCCGACAAGGUCUGGAAACCUGACAUAGUACUCUUCAACAACGCUGACGGUAACUAUGAGGUGCGAUACAAAUCAAACGUCCUUAUUUACCCCAACGGAGAAGUUCUGUGGGUACCUCCCGCCAUUUACCAGAGCUCCUGCACGAUUGAUGUCACAUAUUUCCCCUUCGAUCAACAAACAUGCAUCAUGAAAUUCGGAUCAUGGACAUUCAAUGGCGAUCAAGUAUCUCUCGCCCUAUACAACAACAAGAACUUUGUAGAUCUGUCUGAUUACUGGAAGUCAGGAACGUGGGACAUCAUUGAAGUACCAGCGUACCUGAAUAUUUAUGAAGGAAACCAUCCUACUGAAACAGAUAUUACAUUCUACAUCAUAAUUCGAAGAAAGACUCUCUUUUACACCGUGAACUUGAUCCUGCCAACAGUACUCAUUUCGUUCCUGUGUGUAUUGGUAUUCUAUUUGCCUGCUGAAGCUGGUGAAAAGGUGACAUUGGGUAUCAGCAUUUUGCUGUCACUGGUUGUGUUCCUGCUACUGGUGUCAAAGAUUCUUCCACCGACUUCCCUUGUGUUACCGCUUAUCGCUAAGUAUCUACUCUUCACAUUCAUCAUGAACACCGUCAGUAUUCUAGUAACCGUCAUCAUUAUCAACUGGAAUUUCAGAGGGCCAAGAACACACAGAAUGCCGCUUUGGAUCCGAAGUGUCUUCCUGCACUACUUGCCAACAGGACUGCUCAUGCGCCGUCCGCGCAAGACGAGACUACGGUGGAUGAUGGAGAUGCCCGGCAUGGGAGCCCCGCCGCAUGCUGCCGCUCCCCACGACUUGCCUAAACACAUCAGUGCGAUUGGUGCAAAACAAAGCAAAAUGGAGGCGAUGGAGAUGUCGGACCUGCACCAUCCGAACUGCAAGAUAAACCGAGCGGCGGGCGGCGGCGAAGUCGGCGCCCUGGGAGGACUCGGUGCACUCGGCGGGCUGGGCCUCGGAGGGGAGCGGCGGGAGUCGGAGAGCUCCGACUCUCUACUGCUGUCGCCAGAAGCAGCGAAGGCCACAGAAGCAGUAGAAUUCAUCGCCGAACACUUACGUAACGAAGAUCUUUAUAUUCAGACCCGUGAAGAUUGGAAGUACGUAGCAAUGGUGAUCGACAGGCUGCAGCUGUACAUUUUCUUCAUCGUGACCACAGCGGGCACUGUCGGCAUCCUCAUGGACGCGCCUCACAUCUUCGAGUACGUCGAUCAGGAUCGUAUCAUAGAAAUAUAUCGAGGGAAAUAAAUCAACUUAGUUUUAAGUACAAACAGAAUUGCGUCAAGACGGCUUCCAUAAUACUCAGUAGUUACUUAUUUGUAUUUUUUCUAGUAAUUAAUCUUUGGCUUACAAACACAUCGUUUGGCCCUCUGUGUCACACCUAAACAAAAUACAUAAUAAACAAACAUUUCAAAAAGAUUACCAACAUAGAAGAAAAUUGGUAUGACAUAAGAAAGUCAAAAGUGUAAAAAUGAUCAUGUUAUCAGUGACGGACGUAAUCGUCCACAACUCACCUCGUACUCGUAAGGAAUCUUUGAGUUGACACCUAUUGGUAGUCUGCUGAUUUAUUAUAGUAAAGUUUGUUUUGCGCCAAACUUCCUAAUGAUAAUAAAAUUUUAAUACUUAAUUAAUUUUAAUUAUCUGGCUUAGUACGUAAGUAAUAUUAAUAUAUAAAAUGGCUGUGUUCGAGAUUUAUAAAAGCACAAUAGAUAAUGGUUUGUAUUUUGUAAUUGUCCUAAGAUAUAAUGUACCUAUAGUAAUGUAGAUAGUAGGUAUGUAAACGUUUUUUUUUUUUGUUCAUAUUAUCGAUUUGAAAUAUCACAUUAUUUUUCUUUCGUGUCUUCCUUAAGUGUAAUUAGAUAAUCUCUUGUAAACCCCACUACUUUUCGAUGCCCCAAGUAUUAUUAGUUUUUUACUUGACUGUUUACAAUUUGAGAUUCUUAGGAUAAUGUAGUACGUAUAUUGAUAAACUGGGUCAGUAUUAAUAAAAUAAAAGUUCGACAAAUAAAUAA